AUGGUCGCCUGCAGUGUGCUUUGGAACAGUAAUUCCUCUCUAAAAGUGAUGUCCCCCUAUAAAGCAACAACAGAAGCUUCGAUUCACUCCAUAUCCCAGGAGUCCGCCUCCCGACUGUCAAGGCCCGCCGCAUUGCUGAUCUGUGCCUCAUCGGCUGCAACAACCUUUGCCCUCGCCUCACAGGCACGUCGCGUCUCGGCGCUCGCCGAAUAUUCUACAGCCGCUUCUGCGCCCGCUGCGUCUGACGUCAAAAGCACUCCGGAGAUUGUUUUGUACCAGUAUGGGGUCUGCCCGUUUUGCAAAAAAGUCCGCGCCUACUUGGACUUCCAUGAUCUUUCGUAUCGCGUCGUUGAAGUCGAUCCGCUGCGCAAGACGGAGCUGGCAAAGUUUGACAAGUCUAACAGGAGGGUCCCCCAUCGCCAAUCGUUAACGGCGAGCAAGUGA